AUGGCUCAGAAACAGAAACAGAAACCAUCCACAUCAGCAGCUGCUAUUAAUGAAAUACAUGAGGAAGUGGAAGCAGAACAGCUACCGUAUAACAUAAUCGAUCGUUUAGAGCAAAGCGGCAUUGCUGCAGCAGAUAUCCGUAAGCUAAAAGAAGCAGGUUUUCAUACAUGCGAGGCUGUGGCGUAUUCCCCUCGUAAAGACCUUAUUGCGAUAAAGGGCAUCAGUGAACAAAAAGCGGAAAAAAUUUAUAUGGAAGCUGCAAAGUUGGUUCCAAUGGGCUUUACAACUGCAAGCGAAGUUCAUGUCAAGCGUUCUGAGAUAAUACAAAUCGAUACUGGUAGCAGAGAACUAAAUCGGCUUCUUGGUGGUGGCAUUGAAACUGGUUCUAUAACAGAGAUUUUUGGAGAAUUUCGUACAGGCAAAAGCCAGAUAUGUCAUACUUUGGCUGUUAAUUGUCAAUUACCAAUUGAUAUGGGUGGAGCUGAAGGGAAAUGUUUAUGGAUUGAUACAGAAGGCACUUUUCGACCAGAAAGGCUGCUUGCAGUCGCUGAAAGAUACAAGUUAUCUGGGCAAGAUGUUCUUGACAACGUUGCAUAUGCACGAUGUUACAAUACGGAUCAUCAAAUGCAGUUGCUCGUUCAAGCAUCCGCGAUGAUGGCAGAUUCAAGGUAUGCUUUAUUAGUUGUGGACAGCGCAACAUCUCUUUUUCGUACGGAUUUUUCUGGCCGGGGUGAACUUGCCAGUCGCCAAAUGUUGUUGGGUAAAUUUAUGAGGGCUCUUUUAAAACUUGCAGAUGAGUUUGGAGUUGCUGUAGUAAUUACAAAUCAAGUUGUUGCUCAAGUUGAUGGUGCUGCCAGUAUGUUCCAAGCGGAUGCAAAGAAGCCAAUCGGUGGUCAUAUAAUUGCUCAUGCGUCUACAACCCGGCUCUUUUUACGCAAAGGAAAAGGGGAGACUAGAAUCUGUAAAAUUUACGAUUCUCCUUGUCUUCCAGAAAGUGAAGCUGUUUUCGCGAUAACGACUCAUGGAAUCGAUGAUGCCAAGGAAUAG